AUGUGUUUGUUAAUUCAAUUACCAUUUGAAUUGAUAGUGCGAGUGUUGGACUACAUACCCCGUGAUCAUCUACUUAGCCUACUCAAUGUCAAUGCCUAUUUGGACACGAUUAUCAUCCAUCAUUUAUUUCCCGUUGCUAGCAUAGACUACAUUGAUCCCCACCACCAUAAACACUAUAUUCUUGAUUCUAAAGGUGUAGUAUAUGGCAACGGGAAAGUAACAUUCAAGCAUGUUUCCCUGUUUAUCAAGUUUUGCUGUCGGUUUAAGUAUACACCGCGUCGGAUUGUGAUUCAGGACGUGUGUGACUUUUUGCAGUUGCACGUUCAAUAUGACCAUGUCUUGAAGUGUGUAGGUAAGAUCGAGGUUAGAACAGAUACGCUGAGGGAUAUGCCAGGGUUAGAGGUUAAUUUAAGGCAGAUUUUGCUGUUGGGGUAUGAAAAUUUAUAUUGUUUGAGGUUGAAUAAGGAGUUGUCUUGGGACGGGAUGUUUAUUCCCGAGUGUACAAAGGAGAUGGAGGUGUAUUUUAAUCAAGAUUAUUCUCCGUUAGUUCCGGAAACUGUAGAAAACCUCCAAGUUCAUGGCAUAAAAUUAGAAAAUGUCAGACAAUUGCCUGGCAAUUUGCAACAGUUGCAAAUUUUAGGAUUAGCAAAUUAUGAAUUCAGGACCCAAACAGUUUCUUUCCCGCCGUUGCUAACCCAAUUAACAUUAUUUGAGCAUCCUCUUGUGCUCAAUCUGAUUGAUAUUAGCUAUCUUGAUUAUUUGGCCAAGUUUGAUUAUCAUGGAAGUUUGCAUACCAACGAAAUAGUUUCCCUAACACAGGUAAAACUACCAAUAUCCUUGAAAUCACUCACAUUGACCAGCUUGAAACUUGAGGAUUUAUACUCGUUGGAAAACUACACCAAUUUGGAAAAGUUGGUAAUUGUAGAAUGUCCCGUGUUUCAUCAUUUCUUUACCGAUACAAUAUUUCCCCAUAGUUUGAAGUCAUUAACAUAUGGCCCUAAUCAAUGCGUACAGGUAAAUGAAGUAUUUGCUAGAAAAGCCGUGGAAUAUCCCGAUCAAUAUCACAACCUGCAUUUUAUAGUAGAUGGAAAAUUUAGACUACCCCAAUUGAAAUAUCUCCAUCUUGAAAAUCUACCAUUUAUUAGAAUAAUUGCCUCGAAAUUCACCCUUCCGAACAGUUUGAACCGGGUUGUGCUUCGAAAUAUCGGUGGGUUUAUGGAUAAGCUUAGUAAUUUAAUAUUGCCAUUGAAUUUGUACUCAUUGACAUUGAGAGAUGCCUCUAUUGAGUUUAUAAACGAUAUGAAGUUUCCUUAUAAGCUACAUCAUUUGAAUAUUUCCAAGAAUUUCCUAACUUCGAUUGAAGGUACCAAUUUAUCCCAAUUGAAAUAUUUGCAAGAUGUUGAUUUUCUGUAUAAUAAGUUUACCACUACUUCAACAUUUAUCAACAACCUACCUCAAGAACUAACCAGAUUGAAUCUUCAUGGAAACAAAUUGAAUAAAUGUAUUCUCAAGGACUUGUAUUUACAAACGCUAGAAGUUGAAUUUUCUAGCUCACAAUAUAUUGUCGGAAACGAUAGUUUUAUCCUUCCUAAAGAUAUUAAAACUUUGCAAUUCUGGGCCUGUCUGAAUAUCAAGUUUGAUUGGUUUAUUGAAUUUCCAGGGAGUUUACGAAAUAUUGAAAUUCAUCAGUUAAAGAGUAGUAGGAUAAUACUUAACAAUGGUAAUUUCUUUAGUAAAUUACCUUCGGGAUUGCACACACUCAAGAUACAUGAUGUGGUGAUUAUAGAAGAACAGCCUAUUCGAUUCCCAUUUGAGCUACAGAACUUGAGUAUAUCGUGUUCAUUUAACCAGGAGUUGAUUGACAGGAUUGAUAUAAGUAGUUGUAAUCAUCUUAAAUCAAUAACAUUGAGUGGUGGGCAUGUGCAAUAUUUCAAUCUUGAUAAAAUCCCACCAACUCUGAUUGAGAGAAUCACAUUACAAAACAUGGGGCUUUGUCAAAUCUUGGGGAGUUUCACCAACUUCCCUAAGCUCAAGCAUAUCAAUCUUGAGAAGAACAAUCUUUCCAAAUCAUUACGACAAUUGACAUUGCCGAAUUCAUUAUUCACGUUGAUACUAAACAAAAACAAUUUGGAUAAUCUAUCCAUCGCAAUUGAUAAUUGUUCUCGGUUGAAAUUUGUAUUUUUAGAACGGAAUCCCAAAUUAGAACAAUGUGUUUUGCAGUUAAUGCUGUUGGCGGAUAAGUUGUAUUGUAUCCUGAAUGAAUUCGGAGCAAUUUAUUUAUCGUCGCCUACUAAAAUUAUAAAUUCCAGUUUGUUUCAGGAAAAGUUUGACUAUUUCGAUAAGAUUAUUAAGGACGCUGAUGUUUUAUAG